AUGUCGUCGAGCACGAGAGCCACGCGCUCGCGCUUCUCCAGUCCUGCGCACCAAGGCGUCGCGACCCUGGGGGCGAGCUCGCCACUCGAAGUUUCGAGGAGCUCCGGCAACGACACAUCGCGGUCCUUUAUGCAGCGAUGGUUAGAGCCCUCUAUUCAGAAUAGGGCUAGCUACGAGGAGGCCGGACUGAUGCGUUCGGGUGUGCUCGAGGGCAUGGCGCCGCUCGGAGUGCCGCCCAAGCCCAAGCAGCUGGAGAGCAGCAAUGGCAACGGCACCGGCAGCGCGCACGGCGUGCGAAGGGUCAUACUUAGAACAGGAGGCGCGUCCAAGGAUAGAAAUGGCGCCAGCAGCAGCACCGAGAGCAAUGGUGAUAAAAGCACGGCGACUGCCUUGUCGGGCAGUGUCGUGGCGGGCACAAAACGCGCGGCAUCGCCGGGAAGCCGUCCGACGGCUGUCUCGUCUCGCCGGUCGCUGCCGGCUAAGGGUGUCUCUAAGAAAAAUGACGACGACGACGACGACGACUACAAUCCCGGUGGAAAUCGGCGCAAGAAGUCUGCUCGACGGUCUCAAGCGCCCUCAUCCAAGACUCAGGAGAUCCAAGACGCUGAGGCGGGCCAGGCGGCCCCAGCGCUCUCGCCAGCAAAAUUCAUUGACGCGGCAGACGAAACAGGCCUCAAGCUCUAUCCUACGGCAUGGGCUCUCAGGACCCUGUACGACGAAAAGUCUGAAGAUCCCGAGUUUGACUCGAUGGUGACGGACGUUUUACAGCAAACUGCAGAUGAUGACACGCUGGAUGAAUUCUCCAAGCACAUUGGGGAGAAGAAGCGCGAAGGGAGGACAGACAACGGAGAUUGCUACUAUUUUGCACCGCCCUCUACCGCGACAAAUCGCCGCAUCGAAGCGCAAAAGACGAGGAAGCCCACGGAUGCGCAUCACGGUGAGCUGGUGGGAGACAGCGAGGACGAGGAGGAAAUUGAGGAGCCGGAGGAGCUACAGUCGCCAGCCGCCGAUGCUGAGGCGGGUGGCGUGGGAGAGGCGGAUGAGGGCGAGAAACGAGCUGCCAAGAAGGCGAAAACGUCACACCCAUCUUCCGCCAGCACCGCAGGCAGGAGGCUGGGGCUCGGUGACGAAGACGAGGGAGAGCGCAGUCACGGUCAGCAAAGCGCGGCAGCUGCCACAACCACAGCCACAACUACGACUACAACCACGGCAACGGCAACGGCAGACGGAGACGCAGAUACGCCAUUGCGCAAACGCCGACGACGCAACUCGGGAUCCAGCGACUCGUCACUAUCGUCGGCCAUGACGCUGCCGUCACCUGAAAUGCGCAACAAAGUUGGCGCAGCCACUAUUGGUGCGAUUGGUGGUGGUGGUGGUGGUGGUGGUGGUGGCAGUAGGGGGGCCACUUCUGGAACGGCAACUGGAACCGCGACUGGAGCCAGCACCAGCACCAGCACCAGCACCAGCAAGCCCCGGUCCCAAAAGCCCAGCAAACCGAAGCAAGCUCAAACCAAGCUCACCUCCAGCACAAUUACAGCCACCAGCGCCCGCGAUCAAUUCUCGUUGCGACCGGUCAACACCGUGCGACCAAGGCCCUCCACCAUCGCUGCGCUCCAACCGUACGAAUCCAUCACCGCCUCAUCCGAGCUCAACUCUCCUCCAGCCUCACCUACCGCCCACAUCCACUCAUCCAGGACGCGGCAAGCGAGCAUGCCCGGUCGGCUGACCGCUUACUCGAAUUCGUCUCCUCAUCCGCCCAAGGCCAAGAGCAAGUCACGGGCACCUGCGGCGGACUCUGAUGCACCCAUGCAGCAGAACCAAGCCGCCGUCCAGCGCGACGGGUCCAAUGAGGACCUUGACGCCGUCUGGACGAGGCGCCGCGACGCUCAGCACGUCACAAACAACUACACAGCCGCCGAGAGCGCGGUGCGCGGCUCUAGCCAGCGGCGCGAUACCACACCCGUCAGUAAGACGAUACGGUCUCGCCGCUCCCUCGCCAACCCGCCACCCACGACCCGAACUACGCGCUCGGCCACGAAGCGCCCCAAUGACCAGCCCGACGAGACAGUGUCGCCGAUCCCCUUAUCACUCACUGGUGACGAAACCUCGACGGUAGGAGGAUCCCGCGCCGUCACACCGACGGCUCAGCGCCAGGCGAAGCGACCCAAGGGUCUGCGCGUCAAGUCUUCGCCAGUCAAAAAGAGCGGCGGGCCUGCGGGAGGACUUCCGAGACUGGCGAGCGAAAGUCAGUCUUCAUUUAGAGCUGGCACGCCCAAGGAUCCGGCGACGGACAACGAUGAAUUCUGCUCAGCCUGUGGCAACGCGGGCGAUGUGCUUUGCUGCGACGGCUGCCCUAGGUCGUUCCACUUUGAGUGUGUCAAUCUUGCCCAGUCAGAGGAUCUGCCCGACGAUUGGUACUGCAACGAAUGCAUUGUACGCCGAUUUCCCUCGCGUGUCCCCAUACACAAGGGCGCCUUUGCUUCGGCCCUGAACAAUCUGGAAAAGAGCAUACCUCGUGCCUUUAGCCUGCCCAAGCGCAUCCAAAACCGCUUUGAGGGCGUCAAGGCUGGGCCCGAUGGUGACUAUGAAGAGGUGGCGAGCAAAACAGCCAAGCCUCGCCGCCACUACAGGAGAAGGACAGGCUACGACGAGAUGCCCGAUCUGUUCAAGCAGCGAGACGAGAAUCAGCCGGUGCUGUGUCACGCGUGCCAAAAGCCAUCCAACGAUGUGAGGGCCAUUAUUCCCUGCAGCGUGUGCCCGUUUUAUUGGCAUCUCGACUGCCUGGACCCCCCUUUGGCUGUGCCUCCCGUCCUCAAGACAUGGCGGUGCCCGACUCACGUGGACGACGUUCUGGCCGAUGCGCCUCGACUCGCGCCAGCCCACAAGUUUCGCAAGGUCAAGAACGCGCAGCCCAUCACAACCAUCUUUACCAGGGGCAUCAAAAAUAACGGCCACAUUGAGAUUGAUUGGACCGACGAGCCGGAGCUGCUCAAGGAUGCCGGCUGGCCUGAUCCUCUCUCUUUCGGCCGCACCUACAAGGUGUCUGCUAAAGGCGUCAUUCUCGACUUUAUCGAGCAGCUCCGUAAACAAGGCGCAGGCUACGGCGCGCGUCAACAUGAGCAGAAAUGGGUGCCUUACCCGUCCCCCGCGCCGCAGCAGGGUGACAACCCCCCCGGUCCGCUGCUAGGAUCGACGCUGGGCCGCACUGUUGAUGAGAUGCAGGCGUCCCUCAACCUUAUCGGGCUCAGGCAGCGGCCGUCGGAUGGCAUCGACCAGCUGACGUCGGCGCUGCUGUCGAGUGCCGACGAAAACGUGCUUCACCUCAUGGCGCGCGGCAACGCCGACAACUUUGCUCUCGGCCAGCUCACCGACAGCGACAAGCUCAGUCUGCGCGCCAUGCUCGCUCAGAUGGACGCUAUGAGCAGCCGUAUACGGCAAGUCCUCGGUGAUACCAAACCGCCGCCACAACAGCAUAUAUCCAGCAUGCCGACGCCCGAUCCCACUGCGGCGGCAACGCCGCCGGCACCGUCGGCAGAUCAUGACCACGCCAUCGCCCCUUGCAGCAGCAGCCCCAUUGCGCCCAAAGAGGAAGAGGACACGGCCAUGGCCAUGACGACCAUGGCGAUGUUGUCGGAGCCCACGCCGCCGCUUACAGUGGAGGGCAACAUGGACCUCGAUUAG